UAGAAAGAGAGGAAGAAUGUCGCUGGUAACUCAAGAGAAGAAUUUGCCUGUCGCCACUAAAAAGGAGGACAAGAAAAGAAAAACAUCUGCAGUGACUCAAGAUCAGGAGAAGAAGAAAGGAAAAAUGUCAAAAAGCACUCAAGAGGAGAAAAAGCCCGUUGAGGAGUCACCUAAUUACAUUGUUGUUCAUGUGACGACGCCACAGGAUGGAAGUGAGGUACUUUUCAAACUUCAGGGAACUACACUUCUGAAGAAACUUAUGAUGGUUUAUUGCGACAAAAAAUCUAUGGAUAUAGAGCAAACUGUAUUCUUAUUUGAAGGCAGGAGAAUUAGAGGCAAACAAACUCCAAAAGAGCUAGAGAUGAGGGAUGGAGAUGAAAUUAUUGCUAUGCCGGCUUUGAGCGGUGGAAGUCUCGCUUAGUUAUUUACUAUUGGCUUGGAUUCUAUUAAUGAAUUUGAAGUUGUGUUCAAUACUUGAGCCAGAUUAUAUGGAAUUCCCAAAACUAGUUAAGUGGUUA